AUGGUAUCUAAAUGUGCUGAUUAAACUUCAACUACUUGCCUUUACUCUGUUGAAGGAGAAUGUGUAGUAGUAGGAACAUCAUGCGUACGAAAGACAUGCGAUACUGCAGCAACAGAUGCUACUCGGGAUGAUGACUCUGAAUGUUCAGCUUACUAAUAAUCUUGUACUGUUGCUAGAUUAGGAGCUUGCCAAGCCAGAGCAGCUUGUGGUGCUUACAAAUCUUCGCUCUAAUGUAAGUUUAAUACCAGCGGUGGAAAAUGCUUUUGGAAUCCAACUAAUAAGACAUGUGUUGAUUUGAAUUGUGGUAACAUUGAAGCCACAACCUCAUACGAUACUCAUAAUGAAUGUGUUGCUGUUGAUUCAACACUUGCUUGCACAGUCAGAGCUACAAAUGCUGCAGCUGUUUAAGGUUGUAUGGCAAGAGGAGCAUGCGCUUCAUAUACCAUUGAAGAACAAUGCAAAACUAAUGCAAGUAAUGGUGUUUGUGUUUGGAAUACAAAUGCAAAUUUAUCUUCACCUGCUUGCCAAGAUAAAUCUUGUACUAGUGCUCCGACUUCCACUACAACCCAUAAUGAUUGUUUUGCUUAUUAUAAUACAGCAACAGUAAGAUGUACCGUUGUUGCUACUCCAAGCAAUAGUGGCGGUAGUCCAACUUUAGGAGGAUGUUAAUAGACUGCUGCUUGUUCAAGCUAUAUUGAUAAAGAAUAGUGUUAAAUAAAUGCCAAUGGAGAACCAUGUGGAUGGAAUGGUACUUAAUGUGCUGACAAAGCUUGCUCUACUGCUCCUGCAACUACAGAUUAUGAUGAUGAUACCAAAUGUAGAGCUUACUUAUCUAAUAAAUGCACAGUCUCAGAUUCUGGAUUAGGUUGUGUAGAUAUUCCUGCAACUUGCGAAACAAUGACAUAAAAGCAAUGUUAUUAUAAUAAAGCUGGGGAUCCAUGCUAUUGGACAGGAACAGCUUGUAUUACAAAAUCAUGUGACAAUGCUCCAGAUGCAACAGCCACAGCAGAGGAAUGCAAUACCUAUUUGGCUGGAUGUACCUUAGAUAAUGUUAAAAUGCAAGACUAAAGUUUGUGAAGAUUUUGCCUUUGCCACAGAUGCUUUAUGCAAACAAGCUAUUUCUACAUGCACAACAAAUGGAACAAAUUGUGUUGGAAUUACGUUAUGCUCAGAAACUAACACUGAUGGAGGUUGUGUUAAUAAUAUACAAAAUAUAUCAUCUUUAUAAUCAAUUUUUAAUAAUCCAAACACUUACCUCACAUGA